UGCUGCCAUCUUGUCAUCUUCCUUCCCCGCCAUUGGAGUGGCUGCGCUCUCCGGCUCCAAGCUCAAGUUGGUGGAGAAAUUCCGCAUCCGCCGAGAUUCUGACGUAUGGGGAUGAAGGCACUCGUCUCCGGCCAGCCCGCGCUGCUCUGCCCAAGGCCUGCCACUAGGCCUCGGAGCACUUCACGCGCCGCCGCCGCCGCCGUUUCUUGGUCCUUAUCUUCUUCUUCCCCUACUACCAGGAGGAGGGCAUCCUUAUCCCUAUCCCUAGAAACAAGCAAACCAACCGCCAUCGUCCAGGUUCCCAGCGAUUUGGCAAGGCGGCGCGCCGCAAUUCCUUGUCCUCCCCGCGCGCUAUCGCAGCCUCAGGAUGCUGCUGCUGCUGACGACGACGCCGCCUCCUCUCUUGCUGCAAAGGCAAAUGACGCUCUAUUUGGGCUUCAUCCUGGGAGUGUCGGCAUCGAGCUCAUUCUGCUGGCUCUGCCAGCAGUUCUAGGCCAAGCCAUCGACCCGAUGGCACAACUCAUGGAGACCGCAUACAUCGGUAAAUUAGGUGCCCUGGAGCUAGCAUCGGCUGGUAUCGGUGUGGCUAUUUUCAACAUUCUAUCCAAGAUUUUUAACAUUCCAUUGUUGAGCAUAGCAACCUCAUUUGUGGCAGAGGAUAUUUCCAAGAAUGCUAGUAAGCAUUCUAGUUCAGGCAAAUUGGAGCUGCCAUCUGUCUCAUCGGCUUUGGUUUUAGCUGCUGGUAUUGGUAUAAUUGAAGCAUUGGCAUUGUUCCUAGGAUCUGGAUUGUUUCUUAAACUAAUGGGUGUGUCACAUGCCUCUCCAAUGUAUGAAUCUGCGCGACUCUUUCUUUCACUGAGAGCUUUAGGAGCACCUGCAAAUGUGAUUAUGUUAGCAGUGCAGGGUAUCUUUCGUGGCUUCAAGGAUACCAAGACUCCUGUACUUUAUAUAGGUUUGGGGAAUCUUUCAGCUGUAGCCCUUCUUCCUUUACUUAUAUAUGGUUUUCAGCUUGGUAUAACAGGAGCCGCAAUUUCUACAGUUGCAUCCCAGUACAUUAUUGCAAUAUUGCUUAUAUGGUCUCUAAGUAAAAAAGCUGUCCUGCUUCCUCCAAGGAUGGACCAGUUAGAGUUCAGUGGAUAUUUAAAAUCUGGGGGCAUGCUGUUGGGAAGAACCCUCUCGAUUCUAUUAACCAUGACCAUUGGUACGUCGAUGGCUGCUCGACAAGGCCCAACAGCUAUGGCUGCUCAUCAGAUCUGUUUGCAAGUAUGGCUUGCUGUAUCUUUGCUUGCAGACUCUCUAGCAGUUUCUGCACAGGCUCUGAUAGCAAGCUCUUAUGCCAUAUUAGACUACAAAAGGGUUCAGAAGAUAGCAAUGUUUGCUUUGAAGACAGGAGCAUUCAGCGGAUUAGCUUUAGCAGCUGGCCUGUAUAUCUCAUUUGGCAAUAUAGCAAGGCUAUUUACCAAUGACCCCGAGGUUCUAAUGGUUGUGAAGUCAUGUGCACUGUUUGUGUGUGCCAGUCAACCAAUCAAUGCCUUGGCAUUCAUCUUUGAUGGUCUGCAUUAUGGCGUCUCAGAUUUUGACUAUGUUGCUCAGGCUACGAUUGUGGUGGGGAUAGUGUCAUCGUUAGUCUUGUUAUAUGCUCCAUCGGUCUUUGGCCUGGCCGGAGUUUGGGCUGGUUUGACAACACUUAUGGGACUGCGCAUGGUUGCAGGCAUCGUAAGGUUGAUGUGGAAAUCAGGACCUUGGUCAUUUUUGCAUAAGGAGGAACCAAAACCCGAGGUGCAGCGAUUUGCAUAAUCUCUUAUCCAGCAAGUCAGCCAGUGUAGCGUAGAGCUAGCGCAGGUGUUAGAGGUGAGCUGGGAGCGGCUUCUUCAAGACUGAACAAAACCAAGACAAUUGAAGAAUCAAGAAGACCAAGAGUCAAGAGAAGGUUGGCGAUUGGGAGAGUGAUGGUUGUUAUUUUGCAUUUGUGUUCAAUCUUCUGUUGAUGAUUCCAUAUAUAAUUAUAUCAUAAAUGGGUCUCGUACCCUCAAUUCCA